AUGGGGUCUCCCACAGCCUCGCCGCAGCUGCUGUACCGCAGCACCCGCCUGCUGCGCACUGCCUUCCAGCACCUCCACCAGCAGCAGCAGCGAGCUGAUGUCUUCUGCGAUGUGGUCCUGUGGGCUGAAGGCGAGGCAGUGGUGGCCCACUGCAGUGUUCUCUCCGUCUGCAGCCCCUUCUUCAUGGAGCAACUGGGCCGGGAGCUGCCCCCACAGGGUUGCAGGGUAGUGCUGGAGCUGGCGGGGCUGAAGAUCGGGGUGCUGCGCAAGCUGGUGCGCUUCUUCUACACUGCCGAGCUGGAGGUCACGCAGGAGGAGGUGCACGAGGUGCUGGCGGCCGCCCGCCGCCUCCGUGUCACCGAGCUCGAGUCACUGCAGCUCUGGGGAGGACGCCUGGUGAGGCUGGUACCCCAGCGGCAGCUCGACCGCUCCUGCCUGCACUCCACUCAGGAAGUUUCCCCUGUGGUGGCACCUAACACAGCUGAGCCUGGCAGUGCCAGCUCUGGGGUGUCCCCCCAGAGACAGCCACAGUCUGUGGGGCCCUCACAGCCCAGCCCCAUUGGACGGAUGAGGCUGCGGAAGGUGGAGCGCUGGGGGUGCUGGGAGGUGGUGCGGGAGGCGCAGCCCCCCCCUGUGCCUCCACCAGUGCUGGCAGGGGAUGUGGGAGGGACAGAAGCACAGCCCCCCCAGGAUGAGGAUGCACGGGAGCAGGCAGCACCCCCAGGGACCCCGGGAAGUGACACCAAGGAGGAGGAGGAGGUGGAUGUGGGGACGGGGGAGCUGUUCCUGCCCCCUGGCACAGUCUGCCUCUGGCCCAGUCCCUCAUCUGAGUCAGAAGAGGAGGUGGAUGUCCUCACCUAG